GGCGGGGAUUCAGUGAGUGGAGAGCUGUAGAAAGUGACAGAACUGGAGGGAUGAGUGCCUCGGACAUGAAGACAAAGAGGACAGAACAGGAACAGGAAGAUUUGAAAGGUUCAGAUUUUCCUCUCUCGUCUGUGAGUGUAACCUAACGUCUAGAUUUCUUUUUUCCCAUGCUGCUCUGAUAAUCCCAACGAGCACCAAUGUCAAAUGCGACCAGCGGGGGGCUCUUCUGCCCCCUACUGCAGGAGAUGCGGGCGAACAGCCUCAACAACAACAAACAGGCCAAUUAUGUGGUGGUUGGCAUCCAUGGCCUGGUUUCCUGCCUGGGGAUUUUGGAGAACCUUCUGGUCCUCUGGGUGGUUGGCUUCCGCCUCCACCAACGCACCGUUGCCUCCGUCUGGGUGCUCAACCUGGCCCUGUCUGACUUCCUAGCCACCCUGAUGCUCCCCUUCUUCACCUCUUACCUUUACCACUCCCACAGCUGGGAACUUGGAAAUGCACUCUGCAAGACCCAGGCUUCUAUCUUCUUCUUGAACAUGUUUGUGUCGGCCUUCCUGCUGGCAGCCAUUUCACUGGACCGCUUACUACUGGUGGUCAAGCCAGUGUGGAGCCAGAACCAUCGGUCGGUGGCAGGAGCGUGGAAGGUGUGUGCACUGGGUUGGCUAUGGGCUGCAGUGAAUACAGUACCUUACGCCAUGUUCCGCUCAGUUACCAAGAGACAGAAUGGGGGGAAUUUGUGCUAUCAUAAUUUCGCUUUGAUUUUAUCCUCUCAAAUCACUGCGGAGAGAGAUUGCGAGGUGAGGCAAGCUGCAACAGCCAUCUCAAAGCUACUGCUCGCAUUCCUGUUCCCCUUGGUGGUGAUUGCAGGCAGCUACGUGCAAAUAGGUCUCAUCCUGAGGAACAGGAGCAGGAGGAGGAAACAGAGCUCCGCUGGACUAACUGAUGCACUGGUCGUGCCAAACACAGACAGGGCAACAGGAAGAAAAACAACUCCAAUCUUUCUCAAGCCUCCACCUUUAACCUUGACACCAACCACCAUGACCCCCACCACCUCUAAUCAAUCCAACCAGGGCCGGCUGUCCCAGAGCUUCAUCAAAAUGGUGACCUUUGUUAUCACGGCAUUUGCAUUGUGUUGGGCUCCCUAUCACAUCUUCUGCAUUAUAGAGUUGACAGCCCACUACCACAGGGACAAUCUCAAAUUGGUGGAGGUGGGACUUCCCCUAGCUACAACCAUUGCAUUCUUGAACCCGGUGUUGAACCCCAUCCUGUACGUCUUCAGCUGCCCAAACUUCUGUGUGAGGAUAAAACAAAGUCUGGGAGCCGUGUUUGACGGCCUGGUCGAAGAAGAAGGUGGGUUUCUAAUGGUCCAAGGAAAGGGUAUCAGAGCUCAUAUCAGGCGGAAAAGCAGUCGAGAUGUGAGCCCUGCAGCACCAGGGUCAUCAAACGGGCCCACUUCUCCCCGUAGAUCACCGGACACUGCACUUCCCCCUUUCCCUCUGCCCUUGGCCACUGAAAGUCUUGAAGACCUUCACGUGGAGAAUACAGGACCAGAUUCAAAAAUUGACAUUGAGCAUAGGUGAUGUAUAACUGGUCUUUUUGGUUUAUGUUUAAGUUAGUGGAAUUUUGAAAAUGGGCCUCAUAUGCCUUAGUGUACAUGUAGGCUUAAUUAAAUAGGUCAUAUCGGGACGUAUUGCAUAAAAGCUGGGGCCGGCGCAGUUUAGUACAGACAUUUGUUUUGCAGAGAGGAUGGAUCCUACUGGGGCCACCAUGAGGUCGACGAUUUGGUUGUUAUGAAAUGUCUUUAAAAACUAGUGCCCGGAAAUCUGCCCUGGUACAAACAUUCAGGAGUCAAAGGUUAAAUAAAUUCACCUCCCAGAGUGUGAAGAUGAAUAAAGGGAGACAACAAAAACAUUUCUGCUGCAUUAGAUUAUGUUUAGAAUAACUUUUUUUUUUCUGAUCUUUCUUCUUUUUAAUGUGAAUUACCUUAUAAAUAGUUUUCCCUCUUUAGGCAACUAAAAUGGAUUCAAAUGAAACAUUGUGCGAAAAGGAAAAUCCUAUGCAAAUUGUGACAAGGGGACACAAGUGCACGGUGCUUAUUUACAAUGGGAUCACUGCUGGAGACUGGGUACUCGUGCUAUGCAAAAUUUGCCCACUAGAGAGCAGUAUAGCACCGACAGCAUGAUCCGACGUGAAAUUAUAUGGUAGGAUUAUGCUUUUCAGGUCCUGUAAUCCAGAAGCCCUUUAAAUCUGAACAGCUGAAUGUCUGACCACCUUUCUGAGUGAUUGGAUUUGAUCAUGUCUGAUAUCCAUUUUGAUUGACUAUCUCAUUGUCGCCGCCGCCACCACAGUUGUCUGGUUCCAUCACACACAAUUGGACACACGCACACACGCACAGGCUGAGGUGUAAUAUAGGCCACAGCAAUGUGGGAUUACCACGCGAGGUAGUUGUAAUUUGGAGAGAAUAUCAGAGAAUGAAGAUUCAGAAUAUAAAGAGAGAGCAGGAUUAAACCAGAACCUAAACGGGUCAGAUUGACAUACAAAGUUCCAAUUUUCUCGCAACCUUUCACUUCCAGCGGAUUAACCCCCCCCCCAUUUCGAUUGGUACAUUUCUAUCUGCAUUGCGUCUUUUUUUGCUGCACAGCAAAUGCCGAACAAAAGAAGGAAGUAGGGACUAAAGAAGAAGAUGACAUGCAACAUACAUUAACUGAAGGUUUUAUGUCCAAAACAUGUGGAUUGCAGAACAAGUCUACGGUGAAAAAAUGUUUUGAUGGAAUCUUUUAAGCGACUGUGUCAAAAUUUGUAUCCAGCUGGCAGUGGGUCAGCUGUCGCUCAAAAGGUUGAUUUGUCAGUUGUUGUUGUUGUUGUUGCUGUUGUGGCCAAUAAUAACCAAUCAUUCAUCAGCUCUUUAUAUAAAAAUAUAUAUAUUUACAGUUUUACUAUGCCUGCUAGGAAUUUGGCAAAUGCACAUUCCAUGUCUAGUCUGCAGUUUGAUGGCUUUGUGAAAACUAUUGUCACGGUUCAAAUUUGGGUGCACAGUCAUCAAAUUGGACUUGCUUUUUGUUACUGUUGAUGAAAUGUGCUGAGCCACUCCCAUGCUGUAUUCAACAUGUUGCGAAAGGGUGUUUCAGUUUUCUUUUCUGUGUCAAAAGUAGGAUCGAAAGAAGGUAUUAAUAUCCCUGGAGAGACAAUAAGGUACAACACGUCUACACAAUUAGAUACGGCCCCAUCUUAUUGUGUAGUUGUGCUGUAACCACAGUCAUUAUCGCACAGUCCCAGAGUGGUUCAGUGCAUGGAGGGGGUUAGAGCAUCCAGGGGGUUAGCAACAGUGAGACCACUGACAACAGAAGACGCAGAAAACGACAGAGCCAGAGAGAUUAUAUGAAGGGCUGUGGGGCAGUUCGGUGGUAAGUAUUGCCUUAAAGGGGUUUAAUGCACCGCUGCAGCGCUCACAGCUGACAGAUGCUCAUGGAGAAUUUAAGUUGAGUCACAAAUCACCAUGUACUAAAAUAUUGACCCAUGCAUACACAUAUACUGUACAAAGAAGACGAACACACAUUGUUUUAUAGCCAAAAAGUUGCAUUGUAUGAAGGUAAAUAUUUUUUGCAAAGGGCAAGCGCUUGUAGACUGUUGUGAACUUCAAAUGUGAGAUAAGAUAAGAUAAGAUAGAACAUUAUUCAUCCCAUGCCCGGAAAUGUAAUCGUUACAGCGGCAGAGUAUCACAAAAAAAAAAAAGAGAAAAAAAACUGUACUUAAACUUGCGUUUAAAAAAACAGUAAACGUGUAUGUUGAAAUUCGGCACUCAUUCGCAAACAUGUCACUGGCAGCUUCCAUGUCGCGUCUCAUAUGUACUGCGGCAAAUAUGAUUCCAAAAAAGUGAGCAUUUAUUCACAGCCACCUACAAGAAAAAAUACAUUUAAGAAAAUCUAACUCUUGGAAGAUUGCAUUGAGCUGGAUUCGACCUCACCACAGCAAAACUGAACAUAUCUGAUAAUCACCAUGAGCUACGCCCACCACUUCAUGUGCUGGUGUCACAUUAUGACAAACAUAUUCUGUGACGAUCUAACUCAGGCAACACUGUCAAAACACACAAUUUCUAACACUGAGCCCAGAGCCGGCCCUAGAAUAUAUGGGGCCCUAUGCAGAAUUUGACUGACUGAGCCACAGAAAGAGUAUAACACAAGUGGUAAUAAUUGAAGCCUUUGUAAAUAAUCUAUUUGUUUUCGACUACUACUACCCAAAUGAAAAUGUUUCCUGGAUGCUGAAAUAAUUUCUUUCAACACAUGACGGACACCAGCACACAAAGUAGCGGGAGUGGCUCUUUUGCUGCGGUGAGAUCGAAUCCACCUCGAUGCGAACUUACAAGAGUUAUAUGGUACAUAUGGGAUGCGUUGCCAAAUGUCGCCCAGGCCCAAAUUCAGUCUCCAAGCGCUUGCAUGUCGCAACUGCCACUGCGCGUAUCACAUUCAUACACUGCCGGAAGAGCUGCCAGAGGCAAUUUAAGGGUUUUAGCGUCUUGCCCAAGGACACAUCGGCAUUCAGACUGGGGGAUGCUGGGAUGGAACCGGCAGACCUUCGUGUUGAUGGGCGACCGACUCCACCUCCUGAACCACAGUGUGGAUUUUAUGAUGUGAGUACUCAGUUCACAUGGGUCGGACCUCUACGGACCACACCCAUCUCCCAAACGCGGCCUUGAUUUGAGCUGCGCACCUGCUAAGUUCUGUGGCUGCGUCUUGCACAGUGACACUGACAAGAUGUGUCAACGGGCAGACAGACCUUUAAAUACCUGCCAGAGCACUGUGCUAGUUCCCACGACAGGAGCUGUUUCCAGGAGCAUAUUUUGUAAUGAUCUCACACACACACAAACACACGCACAUGCACAUGCACACGGCCCCUCGGCCAAGACUGUUGAAUAUUGCAGGGUAUGUACUUGCAACUGUGUAAAUAUCAUUAUAAUGUACAUUCAUGAUGUAAUUUUAAUGUCAAUUUAUAAUGUAAUAUAUAUAUGAAGUGUCUAAUAAACGUUUUUUUCUCGUGUUUA